AUACACCUUGCUUCAACUGGGAACAACGGCUUGGUAGGAUAUGGCGCCCAGCUCGAAAUCUGAAAAGGACGAUAGCAAACAGAAAACACAAAGAAAACAUAAAGACCAUGUCGUAAAGCUUCUAGUACGUGGCAAGCUGUCGGGACAGUUUUCUCAGCGCCUGUUUAGGAAGCUGCCGCCUCGGGUUUGUGUCCCAUUGAAGAACAUUGUCAGCGAGGAGUUUCUCAGAGCGGGGCACAUCUUCCUUGGCUUCACCAGAUGCGGCCGCUACGUUCUGUCUUACACCAGCGACUGCGGAGAAGACGACGAUUUCUCUUUUUACACCUACCACCUCUACUGGUGGGAGUUCAACCUGCACAGCCGACUCAAACAGGUCCAUCAUGUGCGACUGUUUGCAGGGGAGGAAAUCUACAGCGACCUGUACCUCACCGUGUGUGAAUGGCCAAACGACCACACCAAAAUUGUCAUCUUUGGUUUCAAUACACGCAGCUCAAGUUCUGUGUUGAUGAACCUGAUGAUGAGCGAUGAGAACAACCGGGACAUCUACAUCACCAUCGCCUCCAUGCCUCCGUCCCAGCCGUGCUCAAAGUGCUGUCCGCUUCCUUCGGCCACCACCAUACGAACGGGAAGUGGCGAGUGCCUCGAACACGGGUACGUGCUGAACAGCAGGUACCAGGUGGUGUACCCGUUCCCCACGUUUCAGCCAGCUUUCCAGCUGAAGAAGGACCAGGUCGUCCUGUUGAACACUAGCUACUCCCUGGUGGCCUGCGGCAUCUCGCUCUGCCCUGAAAAACAAGACCAAUCAUCCCAGAUCCUUUACACAAAGGGAGCUGCCCAGUCAACUCAAACCUCGUCCUCUCUUUCCUCAACGUCACCUGAUUCUUCAUCGUUACCCCAGGGGUCCCCAGAAAGCCAACUUUUUCCCUGCAGGACCCCUCCGGUUCCCUCGUCGCCCAGCCAAUCGCAAGCAGCCAUGAGAGCCCGGGAGUUUGCAGCCGACCUUUUCCGGCGAGCCCAGGGAGGGUUUGGAGCGGCCAGAGAGACUGAGCGCCCCGGGGAGAGGAGAGCAGCUGACGGCGACGAAAAGGAGGCACCGCAUAAAGCGGCAGAUAAAGGGAUUAACUCAGGCACCGCAAGAGCGGAGGAGGAUUGUAAAGACAGGAGAGCGGAGGACAGACGGACUAGUUCACAGCAAGCGUCUACGUCGUGCGGAAGCCCUCGUCUCGCCGCGUCCCCCGCCUCUCCUCCACCGUCACUUCCAUCAACCUCAGCGCCGUCCUCAAGCCAGGAGCCGAGCCCCAGCGAACCCGGAUACGUCAACUACUCUCGUUUCCAUUACCGCCUCCAACAGCAGGGGGCAGCAGAGCAGAGUUCAGGCUAUGAGGACGAUAAAGUCCAGCUGCCCUUCACUGUUACCGAUCUAAAAGGAAGAAACCUGCAGCUGGUCACUGGGCCGCAUAACGGACAGAGUGUUUGUGUAGAACAGCUGACUCUGGACUUCGAGUAUCUCAUCAACGAGGUGAUCAGGAACGACGCUGCCUGGGCUCCUCUGUUCUGCUCCUUCAGCGAUUAUGACGUCGUGAUACUAGAGGUUUGCCCAGAGACCAACAUUGUGAUGAUCAACAUUGGUCUGCUGCUGUUGGCCUUCUCUGUCUCAGACGAGGAGCACUGCAGGCCGAACACAUACCAUUCCAACCUGCAGGUCAGUUGGGACCUGAACACAGGCGUGUGUCGCACUGUGGGUGUGGGUGACUUGACGGAGGUUAGGGGGCAGACUAGUGGGAGUGUGUGGAGCUCCUACAGAAAGUCGUGUGUGAACACCGUGAUGAAGUGGUUGGUUCCUGAGAGCAGCUCCCGCUACAUCAACCGCAUGACCAACGAAGCUCUGCACAAAGGCUCUUCUCUGCAAGUGUUGGCAGACAGUGACCGAUGCACCUGGAUUGUAUUAUGAAGGGAAAUUUGGAAGGAAGAAGAGUUACAGAAACCAAAUCACACAUUCACCCAUGAAGGCGCGUCCUCUCUUCAGCGAAGAGCUCCAGUCACAGCAGCACUCUCCACUGUGGAGGUUUGAAGUUUGAAAGUGGAAUUAAAACUAACCAAACAAAAGG